AUGGUUCUGUCGCAUUCCGCAAUGGAAAAUGGCGCCGAUAAGGGCACUCCAGGAGGAAUGCCAGGAACAGCAUUCCUCAAGAGAAAGCUGAAGAUCGUCAUGCUCGGCGCUGGGCUCUCGGGAAUCCAAUUUGCUCAUGAUGUAGACAUACGGAUGGAAAAUGUAGAGCUGGACGUCUACGAAAAGAACCCAGAAUUGGGCGGCACCUGGUAUGAGAACCGAUAUCCAGGUUGUGCAUGUGAUGUUCCUGCCCAUACCUACCAAUUUUCGUGGGCUCCUAACCCGCGAUGGUCCAAGUUCUAUGCGCCCGCGCCAGAAAUUAGGCAGUACCUUAACGAUGUAGUCGACAAGCAUGGGUUGCGAAAAUAUAUGCACUUCAACCACCGCGCCGUCUCUGCCCAAUGGCAAGAAAAGUCGUCUACCUGGCGCGUCGAACUGGAGACGAACGAUGGAUUCGGGAGUCCUGUCACCAUCAUAAGGGAGUGUGAUGUCCUUGUCAAGGGCCUUGGCACUCUAAACAAGUGCAAGUUCCCCGAUAUCGAGGGCUUGUCAACGUUCAGUGGCAGGCUGAUGCAUACUGCAAACUGGGAUGAAACCGUUGAUCUGACUGGCAAGCGCAUCGCGGUGAUCGGAAACGGGGCUAGCGCAGUCCAGUGCGUUGCAGCACUCCAGCCCGUCGCCAAGAAGCUUGUUAAUUAUUUCCGUACCGCAUCCUGGAUGAUACCCCAUCUCUUCUCCGACGGUGCUGUCCAGAAGGAUUACUCAGCCGAGGACUUGGAGCGAUUUGAGAACGACCCUGAUUACUACCUUGAAUAUCGCCAACGGCUGGAAAAGACACUCGCUGGCGGGUUCGAGGCUCUCUGGUCGGGAAGCAUUGCCCAGGCUGAGCUAGAACGAACAACACUCGAGCACAUGACGAACAUGAUACACGAUCCCCAGUUGAUGGAGGCACUGCUGCCUAAGUUCGAGAUUGGCUGUCGUCGCUUCACGCCCGGAGACCACUACCUGAACGCUAUACAACAAAGUAAUGUGACUGUAAUCUCGGAUCACAUCGUCCGCGUGUCUGAAGAUGGAAUUGUCGACGAGACAGGCACCGUUACAGAACUCGAUGUAAUUGUCUGUGCUACUGGCUUUAAUACGUCUUAUGAGCCACGGUUUCCAACCACGGGACGGAAUGGAUACUCCUUGUCAGAGAACUGGGGAAAAGAUAAGCCCACUGAGUCAUACAUGGGCGCCGUUGUCGCUCAGUUUCCUAACUUAUUCGUGUUCAAUCCACCCAUUGCUCCGGUAAUCGGAUCUGCCUUUCCUGGUAUAGAAGCUACAAGUAAAUACAUCCUUCGACUGCUUGACCGACUUCAAGCAGACAACCUGAAAUCUAUCGUCGUGAAAGAAUCGGCUCAGACAGAUUUCAAUAAAUGGGCCCAGCGACAACUGCGGGCUAUGGCGUUCAGUGGGACUUGCAAGUCUUGGUACAAGAACUCAAAGGGCAAAGUUUUCAUUCCCUGGCCCGGCACUAUACCUCAUUACAUUCAGACCACGUCGCUGGUUCGUUGGGAGGACUUUGACUUUGUCUGGGCCAGCCUCGACAACAAGUACGCCUCAUUGGGCAACGGGGUUCCAAAGGAAGGGGUAGCUGUUGAGUCGCCGCCUUGGUUGUUUUGGGGAGCUGAGUAA